AUGGCUUCGACCCCACCUGCACCCAAGAAGAGGAAGGCCGGAGACGACGAGGAAGACGCCGAGCCCAUCCGCGACGAUGACACCUGGACUACGGGUGACUACGCCCUCGUCUCGUCCGACAACGUGCGCUUCCGCGUGGACCUCGUCCAUCUGCUCAGCGCCAUCUCUGUCUUUCGCGACAUGGCUUCGGUCGCCGCUCAGGGUGCGGAUCGGGAGCUCCACUUCACCGACGACUCGAUCGAAACGGCCGCGGUCCUCGAGCGCUUUCUCACCCUGCUUAUCGACGCCACCGUUGAUGACAAGGACAUCGACCGCUUCAGCAACUUCAAGCACCUCGCUUCCAUGACGCGCUUCCUCGUCAAGUACGAUUGUCCCUUCUUGAUGACCGUACUCGGGCUCCGCGUCAAGGAAAUGAGCUCAACAGGCCGCAGCACUCUGUUCAUGUUCAUCAUCGGCUCCAUUAUGGAUGACACGGACCUGUGCAUCAGUGCCCUCUCCAAGAAACGUCGCACUUGGGGCGAAACUUCGGUUCCCGACACGAAUACAACUAGGAACCUGACGAACUUCCAUUGCCUCAACCCUCAAUCUUUGGCAUACAACCGCUGGUCGAUGAUUCCUGGCCCCUACCUGUAUGCACUCCACCGGGCUUGGGCGCUCGUGGGGGACUCAGACGAUCUCAAAACCAAGUUCCAACAGGUGCUUGACGAUGUUAAGGGUAUGUCGGACCCACAAUGGCGUCGUUCUUCUGCUCACCCACCCGCAGCAAGGAACACCUAA